UCUGAAUGUUUUAUUUUAAAUUUAAUUUCAUUUGUUUAACUUGUCAACCUGUGAGUUAGUUCACUAUGGCUUCAAAUUAUAUAGGAUGGGCCAAACCUGCCUCAUAUUUAAUUGAAUUUGUUUUCUCCAACCUAACUCAUCAUGUUUUUGCUAGUUGGCGGGUUGAGCAAAAGACACGGAAUUAUAAUAUUGCAAAGACUAACUUUAUUUUUCAAUCUACAAAGAAGACCAAAUUUAUUUUUUAAAAAUUAACUUAAAUUUAAAUAAAUUACAAAGUAUAUAUUAAAUUUUGAUUUCCUGGCCAAGUUUACGUGUCACGUGCAGGUGGGAUCCUACGGCUGUUCCUAUAAAUUACAAGCACGUGAUGCUCUAAAGAGUGGGAUGACGGGGAAAGCGUUUCAUAUUGGCGUAGUAAACUUGCGGGAAUGCGUAUAAAACGUUUAAUACGUCUCCCAACUUCUCUAUAGCAUCCACCCCUAACCAAAACGCAAAGCACUUCAUUUCAUUUCACUUUAACAACGCGAGUCCUUGACUAUUGCUCUCUCUUCUCUCUCUCUCCCCCCACGUCCUUUAUAAUAUGGCAUCAAGAAACAGAGCUCUCCAACGCACUUGUCAAGAAGCACCUGGAAGAGACGAAGCUAGACCUUGUCAAUGAGGGAGCAAGUGGUCAAACUCUUCAAGGAAUUGCGAGAGAUCUUGGAUAAAUUCUCAGCGCUGUUAAUGGCUUUACUUGCGGCCUAUAACACAACUGACACAGGAGCGAAAGCGAACCCUUUGUUCAAAAGCCAGCACGAUAAACUCAAGAUGUUUCUGGCCUUGAUCAUUGUUCUUUACUAUCUAAUGCUGGUGACCAGGACAGUUCUUGUUCAUCUACCUCCUCGCAGCACUCGCCAUCUUCCCAUCCUGACCUUCAUAGCAGUUCUGUUCGUAAGUUCGGUUUCAGUUUUAGCUUUGGCCGUCAUUUAAAACUUCCCCAUUUCCUUCAUCACCGUGGUCUUUUGGCUUUUUAUGAUGAUAUUCGCAUUGAUGGCGUCCAGUUAGUUGUUAUCAACAGAUGUUUCUGUUAAUUUACGUUGCGGUUCAUGAAAAGAUCGAGAAUUGGGUUGAGUCAGCUCGGAGGAGCAUCUUCUUCGGCUAGCGAGCUCAUCCAAAUUAUUAUAUUUGUUGUUGUUAACUUUGUAUCGUGUUUGCUUAAGCUUUUUCAUGUCUCUAAACUAGUAUGGCUUGGCUGGUGAGGAUUAUUACUGGCUUAUGUGCAUUUUAUGUUUCUUAUUAGUUUUAAAUGUGGAAUUUUUAUUUCCCAAAAUUGUUAACUUUUUCCAGUUUCUGUUA